AUGCGCGGGGCGUGCUUCUUCAACAAACUAGAUCUCAGUAGUGCUUACAACCUGGUGCAUAUCCGGGACGGAGACGAGUGGAAGACGGCAUUCAUGAGUACAGGGGUACCAACCGGUUCUGCGGUGGAUGACUGGUUCAGGCGCGCGGAGGAGACAUGGGACGCCGCCCAUGUUCACCUCCAGCGCGCCGUGAUGCGCCAGAAAGCCAGCGAAGACCGUCACCGCAGUGAGGCGGGUCUGGCUCUCGACCCGGAACCUGCCCCUCCGCUGCCCUGCCAGAAGCUGGACCCGCUUCGGUUUGUGGGGCCCCCGGCGUAUUCCGUUCGCUCUAUACUGGAUGCGAGGUGUCGGGCGAGGGGCCUUCUGUACCUUGUGGAGUGGGAGGGUAGUAUUAGUAGUAGUCUUAGUUGUAGUCAUAGUCAAAGCAGUAGUACUAGUAGUAGUAGUAGUAGUAGUAGGAGUAGUAGUAGUAGCAGCAGUCACACUCGCAGCAGUAGUAGCAGUAGCAGUAGUAGUAGCAGUAGCGGUAGCAGCAGCUGUAGUAGUAGCAGUAGAAGGAGCAGCAGUCGCACUCACAGCAGUAGUAGCAAUAAUAGUAGCAGCAGUAGUAGCAGUAGCGGCAGCAGAAGCAGUAAUAGUAGUACUAUUAGUAGUAGCAGCAGUAGCAUUAGCAGCAGUAGUAGGAGGAGGAGCAGCAGUAGUAGUAGUAGGAGGAGGAGCAGCAGAAGUAGCUGCAGCGGUAGUAGUUGUAGUAGUAGUAGUAGCAGUAGUUGCACUAGUAGUAGUAGCAGCAGCAGUAAUAGCAGUAGUAGUAGUAGUAGUAGCAGCAGCAGUAGCAGUAAUAGCAGUAGUUGUACUAGUAGCAGUAGCAGCAGUAGCGGUAGCGGUAGUAUUAGUAGUAGUACUAGUAGUAGUAGUAGUUGUAGUAGUAGUAGUAGCAGUAGCAGUAAUAGCAGUAGUAUCGGUAGCAGUAAUAGCAGUAGUAGUAGUAGCAGCAGCAGCAGCAGUAGUAGCAUUAGUUGUAGUAGUACUAGUAGCAGUAAUAGCAGUAGAGGUAGCGGUAGUAGUACUAGUAGCAGUAGCAGUAGCGGCAACCCUCGCCGCCGACCGGGGACCCUAGCUACGGGUCCCGAAUGGACGGGAGAUUCCGGCAGCACCGGAGUGACAGGCGAUUCCGGUAGCACCGGAGUAACGAACGGCUCUGGCAGCUCCCGACUGACAGGCUGCUCUGGCAGCUCCUGA